AUGCCUCUACUCAGUCAAGACGAAUUGAAAGAACUGGCUGCAAAAUGCGGCCUGGACCGCGAUACAGUCCAGCACGACCUUCGGAAAUACUCGAGCGAGCUCGUUGGUUACCUGGGCGAGCACUUGCGGCUGCACCUCAAGGUCACGAAGAGAGGAGAAGAGAAGCAAGUCGUGUUGUUCGUCAAGUGUAUGCCGCGGUUCGACGUCUACAAAGCGCAGUACUUGAGAGACAACGGCUUCUUCCGGAAAGAGUUUGUGCUCUUGAGCUCUUUGUUCAGUCAAUUUCCGGAAAGAGAAGGUCUCAAAAAAUGGCGGCCUACUUUACUCCACUCACGAGAAGAAGUGCUAGUCUUCGAAGACAUCACACAAGCAGGAUAUGCGACGUCCGACUGCCGAAAGCCGUUCACUCACGACGAAACCGUCGCUGCAGUAGAAGCCGUCGCCAAAUUUCACGCAGAGUCCGUGAUCUACGAAAACAAGAGAUCAAAACAAUUGGAGAGAUCUUACAAAAUAUGGGAAGAUUUUUCAGAAUUCCUAAUCGAACCAGCCACAAGCCAAUCGUGGCGGGACACCGGGCGCAACGGAGUCAUAGACCUUGUAAAGAUCUACUCAACUUACAAGGACCUGAAGAAUUUCUCCACAACAGCCGAAGAGAUCAUCACUCUCCUAUUUGAGGAAGCCACAGCAUCAAUGACUCCAAGUUCCAAGUACCCCAACGUGGUCGUUCACCGUGAUGUCUGGUCUAAUAACGUGUUGUUCAAGACAAUGCCUGGUGGAAACAAACAUGCGCUGAUCGUAGACUAUCAGACGGCGCUGUACACGAACCCCGCGCUCGAUCUGGCUGCCUUGCUGUUCAUAAAUACGACUAAAAAAUUUCGAAAUGAUUUCACUCGUAAAAUGCUGGAUAUUUAUUACUAUUGUUUAAGUAACGUUCUGGAAGGUGAAGGAAUUGAUGUUUCCAAGUUUAUGGGUAGAGAGGAACUGGGAGCAGCCUACGAGAAUAGUACAGUUUUUGGUAUAACCCAAGCAGCCCUGAUUCUGCCGAUAGCGAAUAUGCCAGAUGAGAUAAAAGACAAAUACUGCAAGAGUGGAGAUAAGAACUUUGAUUCCGUGUCGAGAAGCCAUUGCUUCAUUGAAUCGCUGGUAGAUCAGCAAUAUCGUGAUAGUAUUCUCGAAUUGUUCGAUGACAUUGUUGAGAGAUACGUCCUGCCAGCAAUCGACAAAUACUAA